ACGAGGGACAGCAAAGCACCAGUUGAGUUACUCGACAGCCUCUAUCGACAUGUUCCGCCUCGUCUUCGCCGUCUUGCUGCUCUGCGCCGUCGCCCUCGCGGCUCCAGGCUAUGGAGGAUUUGGAGGAGGAUUUGGCCGCGGUGGAUUUGGUGGUUUCGGACAUGGCGGUGGAUUCGGAGGUUUCGGUGGUGGAUUUGGACAUGGCUUCGGCGGUGGAUUUGGACGUGGUUUUGGCCAUGGUGGAUUUGGAGGCUUCAGAGGAGGCUUCUACGGUUAGGAUGGUUAUAGAAGAAGCAUUCAACUACUGACGACUUCCUCAACUCCAGCGCAAAAAGCAAAGAUGAUUUCGGCUACGAAAAUUAUUCAUACGGAUUCGUCAUCAAAAUGAAAUAAAGAUUUUUUAAACCUUUUUUACAUAAACAUUUUAACCUGUUAGCCUUUCGACUUUGUCUCUUUUAAUAUAACAAAAUCUAUAGAUGAUGCCGAAUGAUUUCUUAUCACGAGAAUUAUUAAAGAUUUCAAUAAAC